UGCCUACCAAGGGAAGACUGCAGUUAAAAUUUUGUCUUGUCUCUGGUAGUGAGGACUGCCCUUGAACAGUCGCUCGACGUGACAUCUAUGGUAGCAGUCGCAAGAACCGCAAGAACAAGAGGGGUUUAGAAGAGGAGCGGCCCAACAAGCAGACAAGCAGUGCGACCGCCGAAUCCGUUCGCCCCGUUCCCAUUACUGAGGCUGAGUAGACUACGGGCCCGAAUCGCCGAGCUGCUCGGUGACGAGUCGGCUUCGUGGGCCAGCUCCAAACUUGUAAAUCGGCGAUCGCCCGAGCCGAUCAGAGCAAACUCCGAACGCCGACCAUCGUAGAACGAGCCGAAUUCACGCUUUGAUUCGGCAUGGCGAGUGCGUGCCGACGGGUCGUUGCCCUGCUGGUGUCCCAUGCAGGCCCCUCACCGGCCCUACUGGCACAGAGUUCAGCAAACAAACCGCACAUCCUGAGGUACUUAAGUUGCAGUAUUGUACGGCUGAAUGACGACACGACGACAUCAGCCACUCCCUCCGACCCUUCUUCCGCAGGUGUUACGAUCCACUAUUCACAAGGUCUGCCAGUGGUGACAGUACCACUGCCAUCGCGGAAAGAGCGCUGCAGGUUCACUCUGCGACCCAUCAGCCACUCAGUUGGUGACUUCCAAGAGAUGCUGAAGAAAGAGGACAGAGGCAUCGACCGAGUUUCCUGCACCACCUUAGACGGAGUGCGAAUUGCGUGCUCAAACACAAUUGAGUCGUUGAUGGAGAACGACUUUCAGUUGGUCAUGAAUGACAUUUCAUACAAGGUGGUUACACCGCACCAAGAAAGGCUUUCCCAGGACGAAAUCAAACAUCUCUCAGAUGUGCGCAACUUAGUCAACCAGUUGUAUGAAGCGCUGAACGUUGGCGAACAUCAGCUUUCUAAGGAGAGGGAACUUUUUUCAAAACUUGAGAUGUUGAAAGAGAAGAUCGCUCCACUUGAAGCGAAGAGACUUGAACUGUCCAAGUUAGCUGAGAAGCGAACAACAACACUGACGUGGGUUGGCCUGGGGUUGAUGUCAGUGCAGUUUGGUAUCCUCGCUCGGCUAACGUGGUGGGAGUAUUCAUGGGACAUAAUGGAGCCAGUCACCUAUUUUGUCACUUACGGCACUGCCAUGGCCUGCUAUGCCUAUUUUGUCCUUACCAAACAAGAGUACAUGCUGCCUGACGUGAAGGACCGUCAGUUCCUGAUUUCUUUCCACAAGAAGGCGCGAAAGAACGGCUUCGACGUGGAGCGGUACAAUGAGCUACGCGACAGCAUCGCUAGUGUGGAAGAUGAUCUGCGCCGGCUGCGCGACCCCCUACAAAUCCAUCUGCCCCAGGCCGGUUCGCUCCUGCAGCAGGGCGUCGGCAAACCCUCGGACGGCUUACCCUCCCCCAUCGAACAAAUCCGCAGCUUGCUCAAGAGAAAGUUCUAAGCGAAUGGAAGCACGGAAGCAGCGCGUCCAAAGCAUUUUUGUCCUCGCACAGGUUUCAUACAUGUUGUUUUAUAUUCUAUCGGUAUUUAAGAAUACUUUGUGACAAAGUUAAUUUCAUACGAAGUUUACUGCCAUGUUGAGUAGUUUGAGAAAACAAGCUAGUCGGGAGGCCCGGUUACGCUCCCUCGGCCGUUACGUUAAUUCUUGCUAAAACGGGCGCAUUGGACUUAAUUUUGCAUAAUCACCCGCAUUUCUCUGAGUUCGCACAGGAAACUCCAGAUUUGAAUGGAAGUUGUGAUCAAUUCGAGCACAAAGCCCUCGUCAUCCGUUUCGCAACCUUGGGUUGUGGUCCUGGUUUUUGCUUUGUGGUGCUGUAAAUCACUUAAGAUUUAUAAACUCGACUAAUUUUAAUCAAGCUUUACACACCUAUAUAGAUAGGAUCUUUGAGUCGCGUUUUAAA